GAGAAGGAGAAAAAGAGGGAAGACAAAGUGAAGCAGGAAUCUCGAGAAUCCCGCGAGUCGUCCCCUGCUGUAGGACUCGGUGGCGUGAAGCUUAAAAUCAAAAUCGGCAGUGCAGGGCCGUCGUCGUCCAUGAUGGUGACCGGAGACAACUCUCCCGCCUCACCAGCCCUGAGCUCUGAUUCCAAGAGAGAGUCCAGGGAGUCCAUGUCUCCACCGAGGGCCAUCCCCAAAUUAUAUAUUACCAAGAAGGGACAGAAUACGGAGGAGAAGCCCAAGAAGCCCGGCAAGCAUCCAGGAAGCUCUGGUGGUAGCAAGCACAAGUCCUCUCCCCUAGCGGUGUCCUCAAAGUCGCGAUCCAACACUCCGUCCCCGUCGCCCAAGUCAAGAGACCCCACCCCACCGAGCAAAACUCCGACUCCCCCUGUUCCGCGCAAGACGCCAACCCCACCUCCCCCUCCCCGCCAUUCCGAUUUGGCUACCCACUCUCCCGCUCCGAGCAAAGACAAUCGGCAUCAGGAUCAGAAAAAGAGCAAAACUUCCCUCAAAGAGCGACGGGGCAGAUCACCCGUCAAGAGGGGUCGGAAGGAGAAGAAAAAGGAGAGAGCCGUCUCAUUAUCACCCUUGUCGUCCUCAUCAUUAUCAUCGCCGUCACCGUCGAAAUCCCCCCCUCCACGUCCCCGUCCGUCGCCCCCGAGGCUCAGCCGCAUGUCAUCCUCGUCUGUGGAGAAAUCUCCCGCACCCCCACCGGCUCGGAGCCAAGACACCUCGCCGCGGCCGCCCUCGCGAACCAAACGGUCGCCCUCGCGAACCAAACGGUCGCCCUCUCACUCCCCAGCCCCUGUCCGCCAUUCCCCAACCCCGCCCCCUCCAUCUCGGCGGAAGCCCGCCUCACCCCCAUCCCUCUCUCCCGUGCCACCCAAACAGCAGAAGCAACGCUCGCCCUCCCCCUCGCCUGCCAAACCCCCGACCCCGGGCUCCACGUCUCCUCCUGCUUCGCCCGACAUCAGUCUGCCCGUAUCCCCCACGCACCACCAGUCUCCGAACCCCACCCCCCGCACCCCGACGGGGUCCCCGUCCCGUGACAUCCCCCUCUCCCCGACUCACUCGUCUCUGGCGGCAAGCCCCGCCCCUCACCGGAGUCCCAGCCCGCCUGCUGCCCCUGCCAGCUCGUCUCGCCCUAGCUCAAGGCUUCACAGCACUCCGGAGCCCAAGAACAUCAAAGACAACCCAUCCCCGGCCUCCUCAGGGAAGUCCUCGUCCUCCGUGUCCAAAAGUCGCACCGUGGAAGCAGAGACUGUCUGCGUCUUCUAUGAUGACUCGGGCCAGAAGGUGUGGAUCUGUCCGGCGUGCAAGCUACAGGAUGACGGGAGUGAGAUGAUUGGCUGUGACACAUGUGAUAACUGGUACCACUG